CAGGAAGGGUGUGAGCUCUUGGUGGUUUCCUCUUGAGUAGUAUCUGAUGAGUGAAACCAGUAGUGGGUGCUUUGGGUGUGUUCACUUGCGUGCGUGUGAAAUUUAUGAUCUUGGCUGCCUUCAUGUGACUGCGUUUCCGUUGCUUGCUUGCUUCCGCAAUUACUAAAGACAUUGCAGAGAUGCAGAUGUCAAGCACUUUGCAUCUCCGGAGAGACCAGGCCAACAGAACCUCCCCGCAAACCGAUGUAAUGGUCUUCUGUGAACUUCACAGAGGAGCGGAGGGCGCGAUCCUGGCCACUGGGUGAUCAUGUUAAGAUGCUGGUGUUCGAUCGCCUGUUCAUCGUGCUCUGUCACGCAGUGGUGCCACUUCUGGUGGUCCUGCUUUCAGUCUCAGGACAUCCACAGAUCUUCCCCUGCAGGCUGAUCCAAAGCACGGCUCUGUGCAACAGCUGUCAGCUCUCUGCCGUACCAGAUCAUUUACCACGUCAAAUUGAGGAGAUCGUCUUAGACAAGAACCGUCUGUUAAAUCUUCAAGAUGGUUGUCUCUCCAGGUAUCCUCUUCUACGGACGUUCAGCUGUGCGAACAAUCGGCUAAUGACGGUGGAAGAGAGUGUGUUCUCUGAAUCGCCUCUUUUAGAAAACCUCAAUUUAGCCAACAACGAGCUUUACUAUGGACACAAGCAGGUGGCCCAGUCCUUAAGCUCUCUGUCCCAACUAAAGACCCUUGAUCUUUCAGGUAAUGGUCUCUCGGAGGACAUGGUGUCUCUGCUGGUACAGAAUCUGUCCUCGCUUGAGUCUCUAUACUUGUCCCGGAAUGCCAUGCUGAGGCUAGAUGAGUCAACAUUCGGACACCUUCAUCAGCUUAGGGAGCUGAACGUCGAGAGAAACUUGUUGUUUGAGAUCGAUGGAGCGUUUGAUCAUAUGAAAAAACUCCAGAGGUUGAACCUGGCCUUCAACUGCUUACCAUGUUUGGUCAACUUUGAAAUGACCCAACUGCUGGCCCUAAACGCCAGCCACAAUUCCAUUGAAUGGUUCAUAACCAAUCAAAAUUUGACUGAGACCUUUCAGCUGGAGACGUUGGAUCUGUCCGACAACCAUUUGCUCUUCUUUCCAUUCCUUCCAACAAAAAACCGAAUAAGAACUUUGCUGUUGUCCAAUAAUCGAGUCGGUUUUUAUCAACACUUAUCAAAUUACACAUCUUCAAACUGGACCACUAGUGUUGAGUACUACAACUUGGGGCAAAAUGUAAGCAGCGUCACAGUAGAGCUCUGGAAUGAGAACCUUCACGGUGAUCUUUCCUCAGUAGAGCUCCUGGACCUGAGUGAAAACAAGGUGAACUACUUCCCCCAGGGAUUCAUUCAACAGAUGCCGUCUCUUUACUGGCUGAGGCUGAGAAGUAACUGUUUACAGUCCUUCAGUUUGACGCCUGAAGAUCUACCAGCCACCCUUUAUGAACUGGACGUUAGCCGAAACAGGUUAACCGAGCUGAAAGCAAGCCAACACUCCAUUAGCGAGCUGAACAAUCUCACACAUCUCAAUCUGAGUACAAAUGACCUUCAGAACCUUCCAACUAGGAUUUUUGCUAGUCUACCGAAUCUGCGCACACUAGAUCUCAGUCACAACACUGUGGACAUGUGUUACUUGCCAAGUUCCUCAGGAUGUGUUGUGUGGUCCAACAUCGUUUCCCUAAAACAACUCUAUCUUGCCAGCUGUAGCAUUCAGAACAUCCCGUCUUUAGCGUUCAAGGGCACGCCACUAACCCAUCUCGAACUUUCAAACAAUCUAGACUUAAACCUCAAACAGGAAUCUCUGGAAGGUCUCACAAACACUUUGCAGCAUUUGGGACUUGGUAAUACCGGUCUUCAAGCUUUUGACUUCUCUCCGUAUAGCCAUUUGAAGUCUUUAAACAUCUGUAGAAACUCACUAGCAGAACUUCCCGAAUCUCUAAUGGCAUUAAACCUAAAGCUUCUGGACUUGAGGGAUAACAUGUUGACAACCAUCCCGUCCCAACAUGCUGGCAUGUUAGCUCAAAGACUGCAGGCUGUUUAUAUGAAUGGAAAUGCCUUCAACUGUUGCCAUUUAGACUGGUACAAGACCUUCGUGGAGAAUAAAGGCAUCAGUAUUGUAGAUCUCUCAGAAAUUACAUGUUUGGACUUAAACCACAGGCGUCACAAGGUCGUGCUUUUUGACACCAUCCACUGUGGUGGUUCCAGCAAUGAGGAGUCUGUUGUUUGGUACAUUCUUCUCUUUGCAACAGUCAGUGUUUCCGUCAUGGGUAUAUCUGUCAUUUACAUGCUCACCUUUAAGCCAAGAAUGUUGCCACGCGCUAUUAAAAAGAGAUGCUGGAGGCCAGAUCCUUAUUGAGAAGCAUGCUAUUGUAAAACUAAUGAAUGUCUCUGUAAUAUAAGGGGCUAACAUGGUAAAUAUGCUCUUAAAGGUUGCUACUUUCAGACAACUGGACGUAACGGAAGAGAAAUAUGAUAUUAAUGUGAAAGAUUUAGGCCACAUUGGUCUGUAAACAUGAAUGUAUUUCAUUUUAACUUCAUUAAAAUGCAUGAAAA